AUGAAUGAACAGCAACAACUGGCACAGGCGCAGUCACAGUCACAGUCACAGGCACAGGCACAGGUGCAGUCGCAGUCGCAGUCACAGAAAAGCCAAAUCCAACAAGCUCAGCAAGCUCAGCAGGCUCAGCAAUCACUUCAAGCUCAGCAGUAUCAACAAUCUAGCUUUCAACUGACCUUGACACAAACUUUACCCACAAACAACCCACUCCUACCGCCAACUUCAGCAAGUGCAUCCAAUUCUCAUUUACACCACCAUUUCCAAUCAGGUAUACCGAAUCAUAUGCCAACGAUUCCGCAUCCUACAUUAAUGGCAUCGAAUUCGAUUCUAACGUUGGGUCCAUUUAAACACCGCAAGGAUUUAACCAGGGAAUCGGUAUUGUCCACAUAUCAGGUUAUUGGCUAUAUAGCGUCGGGCACAUACGGGAAAGUAUACAAAGCUAAGUUACGUUGUGAUCUGAACAAGAAGGAUCAAGAGGGAGAAGGCAUUAAAGGAGAUGUGACGGAUUUGAAUGGCAAUAGAAUGGUGAAAAGUGGCCUUGUUGAGGGGAAACUAAAGAGAUCUUUGAAUGAAGUCGAGGCCAAGGGUGAAGUGACGCAUGGAGAUUCUCGCCGACUGGAUUCCGCCGCUGCUGGAUUACCACAAUACUAUGCGAUAAAAAAGUUCAAAAGCGACAACCAUCAUGGAAAUAACAAUAACAAUAAUAACAACAACAACAACAACAACAACAACAGCGGUAACAAUAAUAUUGUCAAUUUAAAUGUAAAGAACAGCUCGACCCAUGAUCUUACCGGGAACGAGACAGUACACUACACGGGCAUAAGUCAAAGUGCCAUACGGGAAAUGUCACUUUGUCGCGAGUUAAACAAUAAAAAUAUCACCAGACUUAUCACUAUCAUUCUUGAGAAUAAAAGCAUUUAUAUGGUUUUUGAAUUUUGUGAACACGAUUUAUUGCAAAUCAUUCAUUAUCAUUCCCACCCCGAGUUGAAACCCAUACCAUUACAAACAAUCAAAUCUCUUACAUGGCAAAUAUUGGACGGAGUUACAUUUUUACACAAGAAUUGGAUAUUUCACCGAGAUUUAAAACCAGCAAAUAUAAUGGUUACCUCUAAUGGAUGCGUUAAGAUUGGAGAUUUGGGAUUGGCGCGUAAAUUCAAUAAUCCUUUACAAAGUUUGUACACGGGAGAUAAGGUAGUUGUUACGAUAUGGUAUAGGGCACCUGAGCUAUUAUUGGGGACGCGACACUAUACACCAGCGAUUGAUCUUUGGGCAGUUGGGUGUAUCGUUGCCGAACUACUAUCACUUCGACCAAUAUUCAAAGGAGAAGAAGCCAAAAUUGAUAUCAAUAAUAAGAAACUGGUUCCUUUUCAAAAAAACCAGUUUCAGAAAAUCGUGGAGAUCUUGGGUACACCUAAUCUCAGCAACUGGCCACUGAUUAACAAGUACCCUGAGUAUCAGUCAUUUGUUCAGCUGAUCACUACAAAUUAUUCGUCAAGUUUAUCGCAAUGGUACAAGAUGAUUGGAGGAAAUAACAAGCAAUGCCUUGAAUUAUUAUAUGGAUUGUUAAAGUAUGAUCCUGAGGUGAGGUUAACUGCAGAUCAAGCAUUAGUUCAUCCGUUUUUUUUGGAGUUGCCUAAAGUUAGCGAAAAUGCAUUUGAAGGGUUGGAUUUGAAGUAUCCCAAUAGGAAGAUUUAUGCUGAUGAUCAUGAUAUGGUUCAAGGAGGAGGAAUAAAAGGAGGAGGAGGAGGAGGUGGUGGUGGUGGUGGUGGAGCAGGAGCAGUAGCAGCGGGAGCAGUAGCAGCAGCAGGAGGAGUAGCAGCAGCAGGAGGAGGAGGAGUAAAAGGAGCCGCAGGCGCAGGCAAUAAUAGCAAUGCAAGUAGUAAGAGAAACGGGAUUGAUGAUGGUGGUAGUAAUAAAAGAAAACGAAUUUAG